UCAUGAGAACAUCAUGACAAUGAUCAAGUGACAAGUGACGUUUGACAUUUUGUCUGUCACGUCCCUUUGUGGGUUGAGAAUUUAAGUCCUGUUGUUUUACCAAACCAUUAAUUUUUAUAUUGACAGGGUUUAUCAAUCAGGGGGUAGACAAGAAAUCAAAAACAAAAAAAGAAAUGUUUUAAUUUUACCCUGUCCAUCUGCACCCUCUUUUAACUAUGGAAUAUGAACUACCCACAGAAUUCGAUAUCAUCAUUAUCGGAACAGGUGUUAUCGAAUCUAUCAUCUCUGCAGCUGCUAGCCGAAUCGGAAAACGCGUCUUACAUAUUGAUAGCAACAACUAUUAUGGGGGUCUGUGGGCUUCUUUCAACUUAGACGCAAUUCAUAAGUUGUCUGCAAACACCGAAGUUUUAGAGCCACCUACAGAUUUACUAAACCCGGAUGAGACAACCUUUGCUUUAGGGAAUGAUUUUUUCAGCUUGAAAAAUUUUAAAACUGACUGGCACAUUCCAAAGGCUGAAACUCAACCAGAAAACGAAAACGUGGAAGAAAAAAAUGAACCAGAAAGUGAAGAAAAACCCGAGAAACCCAUGACUCAAGAGUCUCUCAUCAAAGAUGGCCGCAAAUUCAACAUAGAUUUAGCCCCAAAGCUACAAUUUGCGCGAGGCGAAUUCGUGGAAUUACUCAUUUCUUCAAAUAUCGCCCGGUAUUCCGAAUACCGUAGCGUAAGUAGAGUUCUAACUUGGCUCAACGGCCAACUGGAGACCGUUCCAUGUUCUCGAUCUGACGUUUUCGCCAAUAACAAAGUCACGGUUAUUGAGAAACGCAUGCUGAUGAAGCUCUUCAUGGCUUUAGACAGCGGCGACCAGGAGUAUCUCAAUUAUGACAAUAAAACGUUUAGAGCUUUUCUCACUGACAAAAAAUUAACUCCUAGUUUGAUUCAUUACGUGCUUUACGCGAUUUCUAUGAGUACUGACGAAACGUUGUGUUUGCAAGGGAUUCAAAACACCAAACGAUUUCUCGAUAGUUUGGGGAGAUUUGGAAAAACGCCUUUCCUAUUUUCCAUGUAUGGGAGCGGUGAGAUCACUCAAGCUUUUUGUAGAUUGAGUGCCGUUUUUGGUGGUAUUUAUGCUUUGAGUCAACCCCUGAGUAGCCUAAUUUUUGACAAUGAAAAUAAUUUCAAAGGACUGAUCUGCGGAAAGCAACGAAUAAGUGCCGAAUUUUUAGUAAUGGGGGCUGAAAAAGCACCCCCAGAGUUUAUCAAAUCGCCCCCGCGAUCUUUCAUUGCUAGAGCGGUUUUCAUCACUGAUAGAUCUAUAAUGAGUAGCGAGAAAGAGCACCUGACGCUGCUUUUGUACCCGCCUGAAGGGGGUAAAAAUUCGUGCGUCAUCAUAGAACUGGGUACUUUGACUGGUACUUGUCCCAAAGAUCUCUAUCUUGUUCAUUUAAUUUCACAGCAGGUGGCGUCCCCUGAGGACGACUUCAAGCACUGCGUUGAAAACUUAUUCAGCAAAUUUGAAGAUGACAAAAAACCCAAGAUUUUGUGGUCUUGCUUUUUCUCAAUUCCAGAUUCCAAUGCGUUAGAUUUGAAAACUGGGGUCCCUGGAAACGUGGUGUUGUGCCCUGGGCCUGAUCUCGACCUUGAUUAUGAUGAUGCAGUGAAAAAAGCUAAAGCGAUUUUUUCUGAUCUCUACCCGGACACUGAAUUCCUGCCAAGGGCUCCAGAUCCUGAAGACAUAAUCAUUGAAGGUGACACAGAAGACAGGAAUGAUGAAGAUGAAGUUGUAUUAAAGCCUGAAGAAAAUACUGACAAGGUAGCAGAAAGUGAAACAGAAGCAAAAAGUGAUAAUGACCAAGAAGUACCAAAGUCUGAAAAUGAACAUGAAGAGUAGAAUGAAAUUUAUAUACUUUAUGCUUAAAUCAUAUAAAAUUAAAUUAAACUAAUUGUAUCACAAAAA